UCUUCGGUCCAGUCUGGUUUUCGAGAGAGCCAAAGCCAAGAAAUCAAAACCAAAUCCCCUUUUAAUCCAAAUCCAAUUUCAAUUUCAAAAUUGAACCACCACCACCGAGAAACCCUACGACUGCUCUGCCCCCAAUGGAUAUAGCUCUCUUCUCGCCUUCCUCUCUCUUCGCCGCCGACGAUGACUCCUCGGAUGGAGAGACGACGGAGACGAGCCAGAGCUUCGUUGAUAGGAAUCACCAGUUUCCUGGAAUGGAAUUGAAUAUCCGGGAAUUCGGUUUCCACCAGCUGAAUGCAAACUUGCUCUGGCCUGGUUCCUUCGCCUUUGCUGAUUGGUUAGUCCAACGUCCCCAUCUCAUCCGUAACCGCCGUUGUCUCGAGAUUGGAAGCGGCACGGGUGCUCUAGCUAUUUUCCUUAAGAAGGAGUUUAAUCUAGACAUAACUACCUCAGACUACGAUGACCAGGAGAUUCAAGACAACAUUGCUCAUAACUGUACUGCAAACAACAUCACCCCUUCUCUCCCCCAUAUCAACCAUACAUGGGGAGAUGAAUUUCCAACCUCAGUACCAGAUUGGGAUUUGAUCAUUGCCAGUGAUAUCCUUCUAUAUGUGAAACAGUACCCAAACUUGAUUAAGUCUCUCUCUUUUCUCCUUAAGUCCUACAAACCUAAAGACACCACCACCAAUGCCGUUAGUCCAUCAGAGUGCAAGCCAAAUGUAGGAGCAGAGUCUGAUAUGCUACCGUGGCCGGUGUUCUUAAUGAGUUGGAGAAGACGGAUUGGGAAAGAGGACGAGUCUUUAUUCUUUAGUGGUUGCCAAGAAGCUGGAUUCGAGGUGAAGCAUCUUGGAAACCGAGUUUAUUGCAUCAGCCUUACAGAAACCAACCUCUGAAGAAUACGUUACUAUACUACUCCUUAUGAGUCGGGUCUCCUUCCGCAGAUUGUUCGCCUCUGAAAUUAGUGUGUUACUCUUGCCGCUUAUUUGGAUUUGCGUCUCUUUUCUUUUUUGGGUCAAAGUUAAAGGUGAAAUGAGAUACUGUUGUGGUAGGGGUCAUUUCAUCAGUUUGCGUCGCUUCCCGUGUAGAUUGAAUUUUUAACAAACGUUCUAUUAUGAUCACAGCUCCUUUCUUGAUCCAAA